UCUCUCUCUAACUUCCUCUGUUUUAUUCUUCCCCUCUCUUCCGGAUUCCAACCCAAGUCCAACCCCUAAAAAUUGCUGCCUUUGGCAUUAGGAACUGUCAGAAUGAUAGCCCGGAUCCUUGCCGCCUUGGCCGAUUCCAUGGAGAUUCCCGCUGCUGCCGGUGAAUCAGUGCUGGGUACAAUCAAAAUCGCGGUGAUGCCAAUUGCCAAGGUUUUUACCAUGUGCUUCUUGGGUCUUCUAAUGGCCUCCAAGUACGUUAACAUCUUGCCUCCCUCUGGCCGCAAACUCUUGAACGGGUUAGUCUUCUCGCUUUUGCUUCCCUGCUUGAUCUUCUCCCAGCUCGGACAAGCCGUCACUCUCCACAAAAUGCUUCAGUGGUUUGUUUCCAUCUUACUCCCUUGUCUUUUCCCUANGAUCAUCGGUUUCAUUGUUGCUACCAUCAUUCGUCCACCUUACCCUUACUUCAAAUUCACUAUCAUACAAAUUGGAGUUGGUAACAUUGGCAAUGUGCCUCUUGUUUUACUAGCGGCUCUAUGUAGGGAUACCUCCAACCCUUUCGGUGACUCCGAAAAAUGUAGCAUUGAUGGCACUGCUUAUAUAUCCUUUGGUCAAUGGGUUGGUGCCAUCAUUCUCUACACAUAUGUGUACCAGAUGUUUGCUCCUCCUCCAGAAGGGUUUGAUGCUGAAGAAGAUAAUCUUCCUUUGAAACACCUUCCAGUAGAUGCUGCUCCAGAGCAAGUCCCCUUGCUUAUUCAAAAUUCCCCCAAGGACAUUUCGCCUGCUCAAGUUCUCCUGCCUGUACAGAGCACCGAACCUAGAGGAAGAGGGGAUUCAAGGAAAAGCAAGAUUACACAGAUCUUUGUUUACCUCUAUGAGAAGUUGAAACUGAAGCAAAUAGUCCAGCCUGCAAUAGUUGCUUCGAUCCUUGCCAUGAUACUUGGUGCAAUACCUUUCACGAAGAAGUUGAUAUUCACAAAUGGUGCACCUCUUUUCUUCUUCACAGACAGCUGCAUGAUUCUUGGGGACGCCAUGAUACCGUGUAUCUUACUGGCACUGGGAGGAAAUCUCAUUAACGGACCAGGAAGUUCAAAACUUGGUUUCAAGACUACAGCGGCUAUUAUAUUUGGACGGUUGGUGUUGGUGCCACCAGUAGGACUAGGAAUAGUGACACUAGCAGACAAACUUGGAUUCCUUCCUGCUGAGGACAAGAUGUUCCGAUUUGUGCUACUCCUUCAACACACAAUGCCUACAUCAGUGCUUUCAGGAGCUGUUGCGAACCUUAGAGGCUGUGGAAGGGAGUCAGCUGCUGUGCUUUUCUGGGUUCACAUUUUCGCCAUCUUCUCAAUGGCUGGAUGGAUGGUACUGUACAUCAACAUACUCUUCUGAAUUCUUUCUUAUUGACACAUUGAUCUGGCUACUAUACAAGUCCAGGGGCGUCUCAUAUGUGCCUGAACCAAUCCAAAGUUUUUUUUUUUUCCUUUUCUUUUUGUCAGCAUCAAAGUUAUUUUAUUUAAUUCCUGUGUAAAUGUAACUUCUAUCAACUGAUGCCUGCUGGGACUACCUUUUUUUUU